UAAAAAAGCCCAUUGUUUUAUUCCCUGCUCUAGGGUUUUAUAUAUUCCCUAAUCAAAUGAACUGCUUCUUCUUCUUCGUCAUCACCUCCAAUAAGCUCAAAUUUCCCAAGCUGUUGAGUUCUUUGUUUUUGUGAAAACGUUUCGCGUGUUUCUACAUUGAAAUGGGGGAUGCUGAAAAUGCUCUUCCACCCUCAAAAAAGAGGGCUGCCGGGAGGGAGAUAUCACGAGAUAACCCUGGUCUAGAUGAUGAUGAUGAGACAUCUGAGCAAGAGACUGGAACUUUCCAGAAGGCAAGUGAUGAGGUCAUGGCAAGUAGAAGAAUUGUGAAAGUUCGGCGCCAACAGACAUCAUCAACCCCUUCUGCUCCUUCCUCUAACCCUUUUGCUGGGAUACGCUUGGUUUCACCUGCUACUGCUCCUGUGGAGGCCACAGAUGCAAAAUCAGACAAGGUGGAAGAAAAACAGGAUGCGAACGAGGAAGCAAAAGCUGACGUGAACAAGGAAACUGAUGAGACAAAAGCUGAUGUGAAGGAGGAAACUGAGGAGGCAAAAGCUGAUGUGAACAAUGAAGCACAAGGGAAAAGUAGUGAGAAUGAUAAAGAAUCAGAAAACAAGAUUGAUGACUCAGAGGCUGUAUCAAGUGUUGACAAAAAUAAUACUGAGAAUGAACCUGAAAAACUUGAAUCAGCUGAACCUGAGGAAACUAAGGUUGAAGCCAAGGAAGACGCAGCCACUGCCAAGGUGGAGAAUGAAAUUGGCAAAGAUGCAGAAGGUGAGAAAACAGAGAAUAAAGAUGAAAAGCCCAAUGGCAAUGAGGUUGCUGAGAAGAGUGCCGAAACCCCAUCUUUUAGUUCAUUCCAACAACUUUCUAGUAGCCAAAAUGCUUUCACUGGACUUGCUGGAACUGGAUUUUCUGGGGCUACAUUCUCAUUUGGAACCAUUUCAAAAGAGGACACUGGGUCUCCUUUUGGAGUGAAAAGUGAUCAGCCUUCUUUCAGUUUUGGUAGUUCUAAUAAUGGGAGUGUUUCCCUUUUUGGUAACUCGGGGACAUCCGCUGUCACUAAGUCUGAAGGGGCUGCUGGGUUCCCUUCGAUGCAGGAGGUUUCAGUUGAAACAGGAGAGGAGAAUGAGAAGCCCGUGUUUACAGCUGAUUCUGUGUUAUUUGAAUAUCUUGAUGGAGGGUGGAAGGAGCGGGGGAAGGGAGAAAUCAAGGUGAAUGUGUGUACAACAGAAGUGAAAAAAGCUAGACUGGUUAUGAGAUCCAAAGGAAAUUAUCGAUUGAUUUUGAAUGCUAAUCUAUUUCCUGAAAUGAAGCUGGCAAAUAUGGACAAAAAAGGGAUCACAUUCUCGUGUGUGAAUAGUGCUAGUGAAACAAGCGAGAAGCUGGCUACAUUUGCUCUAAAAUUCAAAGAUGCUUCAAUUGUUGAAGAGUUUCGAGCUGCGGUGGUGGAGCAUAAAGGUGGGACUCCUGCUGCUGCUGCUUCUUCUCUAAAGACACCUGAAAACUCACCUAAGGCUGCUGAGGUCUAAAGAACCACUUGGCCACGAUGAUGUUGAGAGGAUCCCAUUUUCUUGAGUAUGGAGGAGUGGAGGCAAUUUGAGAUAAACUACAGGGUACCCUUAUUUUGAUCUAAAAAAAGACUUUGUAGACCUAAAUAGUAGUAUUUACAUUGGAGUCUUUUCUUGUUGAUCUCAUCCCAUGUAGAACCUCAAACUUAACGACCCAAUACAUUUCUUCUUGUGUUUGGUAAGCA